GAUUCGUCGCGACGCGAUUUCAUAAUCAAAAUUGUUGUCAAACAAAUGUUCGGAUUUUCGGUGAUACAGGUAUUAUGUAGGACGUGUGAAUAAAUUUCCUUUAACAUGAGUAAAGCGUUAUUAUACCUGGAAUAAUUAAAAUCUCGAAAUUGAUUAUGUCUCAACACGGUGCUGCGCUUCAAACCUAUAAUCAAGAACUUGUGAAAUGUCUGGAAGAGAUGAAGUUACGACGGGCGGAAUUACAGAUGCAAAUUGACUCCCAGGAGGAGGAAAAGAACAAUCUUCAGAGGGAGAUAGAAAAGAUGUCGUACAAAUUAACACAGUUGAACGAAAGUUUGGCAAAAAGAAUAGCAGCCAGAAAUGAUUAUGAUCGAACAAUUGCAGAAACUGAAUCGGCUUACAUGAAGAUUUUGGAAAGUUCUCAAUUGUUACUCAAUAUGCUCAAAAGAGAGGCGACGUGUUUAGACCAGAGCCUUCUAAAAGCUAACACCGAUAAGUGACAAUAACUAAUUGCUUAAAACAAUGGGGUAAAGUUAAAUAUACAUACUUUAAAAUUUAUUUAUGUAAAUAUAUCAAACAUCUCUUAGUGCACUUCAAAUAAGUGUAAAAAUGAAGGGAACAAAAACAAAAUAAUUUAUGGGAAUAACUACCCAACUGCAAACGUUACAAGGAUCUAAGAUAGUUAUUAAUAUACACCAAGUACAAAACUGUAAAUAUAUGUGAAUGUAAAUUAUCUUAAUACUA